AUGGUUAUGAACCAAAGUCUAUCGAUGAAUGGAACGAGGGGAAUUGGACUAAUGGUUGUAUUCGGAGAGCACAAUUCCAGUGUGAGGAGAUGGCCACUGGUCCAAAAUCUGAUGAUGAUGAGAGAAAGAGGGAUGUAUUUUUACCAGUUUCAGGGAUGAAACUACCAGAUUUCUCACAUUACCUACUUACUUGGGAUAAAAUGGAAUGCGAAAAUUCUUGCUUGAAGAACUGUUCUUGUUUGGCAUAUGCUUAUGUGGAUGGAAUAGGCUGCAUGAUUUGGGGGAAAAUCUUAUUGACCUUCAAGAGUUCUCCCAUGGUGGAGAGCAACUAUACGUUCGCCUUGCACAUUCCCAACUUGAUAAGAGGAGGCAAAUCGGAGCCCGUAUUGCAAUUAUCGUUUCAGCAACAGUUGGCCUAAUUCUUAUUGUUUGCACUAUUUAUUUGUUGAAGAUCAGAAAAAGAGGCAUUGGGAGUUUAAUCCCUUUUUGCAUAGCUUCGAAACAAUCUUCAGCAGCAAAUUUGCUUCUUAACAGCUUUACUCAAGGUAGCAGUUCAGAAUUACCCGUUUUCAGCUUCAAGUGCAUAGAAAAUGCUACUAAAAACUUUUGCACUCGAAAUAAACUUGGAGAGGGGGGAUUUGGACCUGUUUACAAGGGGGUAUUAGCAAACGGACAAGAGGUUGCUAUCAAAAGACUUUCGAGGAGCUCAGGACAAGGCAUAGAAGAGUUCAAGAAUGAGGUUACACUAAUUUCCAGACUUCAACACAGAAACUUAGUCAAAUUGAUAGGAUUUUGCAUUCAUGAGGAGGAAAAGUUGCUGAUCUAUGAAUACAUGUCCAACAGAAGCUUAGACAUUUUCAUAUUCGGAUCAAGAUCUAAUGAUAAGGUGGCGUUAAGUUGGAAUCAACGAUAUAGCAUCAUUGAAGGUUUAGCUAGAGGGCUUCUUUAUCUUCAUCGUGAUUCGCGACUAAAAAUCAUUCACAGAGAUCUGAAGACGAGCAAUAUUCUCUUAGACGAAGAUAUGAAUCCCAAAAUCUCUGAUUUUGGAAUGGCUAGGAUUUUCGGAGGGAAUCAAACGAUAGCAAAUACCAACAGGAUUGCCGGUACCUAUGGUUACAUGUCCCCUGAAUAUGCAAUACAAGGAAUUUUCUCCGAAAAGUCGGAUGUCUUCAGUUUUGGUGUCAUAUUGUUAGAGAUUAUCAGCAGUAAAAAAAACAACAGCUAUUCUCACUCCAAAGACGACCCUCUCAACCUUCUGGACCAUGCAUGGCAACUAUGGAAUGAAGGGAAGAUACUGGAGUUUCCGGAUCCGAAGGUGGCUGGUUCACUUGAUACGCCAACACAGGUUGUUAGAUGCAUCCUUGUGGGCUUGCUUUGUGUGCAAGAACAAGCAAAUUAUAGGCCAAACACAGCUACAGUUGUUUCCAUGCUCUGCAGUGACACAGUUCUUCCUUCGCCUAAGCGACCUGCAUAUAGCAGCAAAGACAGAAGCCCUGAUGAUUCAAGUUCUUCACCUUGCUCCAGAAACUCUUUUACUAUUUCAAAUGUUGAAGGACGUUAACUUUAAUCUAUCUGUUUGGGACUCUCCAUGUAAUAACUGUUCUUGUCCUUGUCCAAGUUUGCAUCCUAAUUUCUUUAGAAUUUAGUCAUUUGUGUUUGUGGGAAAAAUGCA